CAUCCACACUUUCUCCUCCCUCACCCCUCCCUCUCGUUGAAAGGUCUUCUUCGCUUCGUAUCAACGGAUAGAAUCGCUACCCAGACAUCCUACUUUCGUUAUUUCGUCUCGGCUGAAUGACCUUCGCAGGCUUGCGCAGGCUGCUGUGGAAGUUGGACGUGAGGCCACACAGGAUAUCCCGCAACGUGAACAGUUUCCAACGAUCCGAGGCCAUGUCUUCGCUUUCUCGUCGGGCCUGCUACAAGUGCGGCAAUGUCGGCCACUACGCUGAGGUUUGCUCCUCCGCCGAGCGCCUCUGCUACAACUGCAAGCAGCCGGGCCACGAGUCCAACGGCUGCCCCCUCCCGCGGACCACUGAGGCAAAGCAGUGCUACCACUGCCAGGGCCUAGGCCACGUCCAGGCCGACUGCCCAACCCUUCGCCUGAGCGGCGCCGGCGCCGGUGGCCGCUGCUACAACUGUGGACAGCCGGGUCACUUGGCUCGCGCCUGUCCGAACCCCGCUGGUGCGAACAUGGGCCGAGGCGCUCCGGUCCCCCGCGGUGGCUUCACUGGCGGAUUCCCCCAACGUGGUGGCUUUGCGGGCGGCCCUCGACCUGCCACCUGCUACAAGUGCGGUGGCCCGAACCACUUCGCUCGUGACUGUCAGGCACAGGCGAUGAAGUGCUACGCAUGUGGCAAGCUCGGCCACAUCUCGCGCGACUGCACCGCUCCCAACGGCGGCCCGCUGAACACCGCCGGAAAGACAUGCUACCAGUGUGGUGAGGCCGGCCACAUCUCAAGAGAUUGCCCCCAAAAGAACGCCAACACCGAGGCUCCGGCCGCCGAAGCCCCUCUUGCGGCCGACCCAUCCGUCAUCGCCGCCGCCCCGGCUCCUCCCAUCGCUCCGGUUGCGUAAAGCCCUCACCACACCUCGCCGAUCCAUUCUCCCCCUCGGGGCAGGUACUCUUUCAACCUUGUCUUGGGUCAGGGUGAGGCGUGACGCAGCGUCUAUCGCGGCCAUCAUGGGCCUGAUGAGCCCAAACACCUCCUUUUGAAUCCUGGCCCCAUAACUUUCUUUGGGCACUUAUUGCCCCUGUUUUACUCUCAUCUUUUGACUUUAUGCGUCUCCAAAGCUCCUCCCUUCUCUCCAUUUUCUUUUCCUUCUUUCCGUUUGGUUAUCCCCGUGAUCUUGGCACUUUGCGACCUAGUUCUUGUUUCGGGACGGCGUACUCGGUUCUCGUUCUUCGUCGACGCAGAUUCCUCUCAUGAUUCCUUCUCUUCUUCUUGCUUCUUUUUGGCUCUGCCGCAGCUUCAAGGCUUAGUUUCAGAUCGUCUCGCUCCCUUCUUGAGAACGAAAAGAAGAACCUCGUGGUGGCGUCAGUCAUACGUGCCCCCAGCUGCGGCAAAGUGCUUGGACUCUCAAAAAUCAAUUUCCCAUAUUUUAACCUUCAUCACAUCCUCGCAGCAUUCAUUUUCUCUUCUCUUUUCGUUCGCGGUCCGACAAAAAGCACAUCCUUUGUUUGCGACAAACCCUCAUCCCCUUUUAGGAUAUACCCCCUCGGCGCCGGAGAUGACAACGAGUUACGAUAUUCACGGUUUCAGUUUUGCUGGUUGAGGACUCACAUUCGACCAUGGAAGGGCAAGCUAUUGGUUACUAGGCCAUGCAUUCCCGCAAGGACCACCGCGCCAUCUGAGCUUCUCGCAAGCCAUCCCAAUGUCUCGCCUCAACCGACGUGCAAGAAGCUUAGGAGGCUUAGAGCUGCCCCAGAGAUGUUACAGGAGACAAAAUCUCGAUUUCUGUUCCCUGGGAUUCUAGGCCGGGGUUAUCAGGCUUCUGCUUCUCGGCGUAGGCCAGCGCGGUGGGAGGAUGGAUGGCCGGGGGCGCCCGGCAGGCUCGUUGAUGUUGGGGAGCGGCAACCAUGCAGCAAGGAGGAUAAAUGGCGGAGUGGAGGACGAAAGGAAGCGAACGGAAGAUCCUGCAACGAUGCUCGCUCGGAGGACUGGGGGUGAUGAAGGUGCGAUGGUCGGUAGGGACGCCUUGUCUUGUGUACUCGAUCGGAAUUGUAGAAACAAACGAAGUGGAGAAAGCAGUUCGGCUCUCGCGUGUGGUGUUGUUUUUGUGUUGGCGCGUGGGCGAGUGUACACGCUUGGGAGUACUGGCGUUUGUCUCUAUCCCGGUUGGCGCCUGGUGUUUAGGAGAAAAAGUGGUUAAAACAAAAGUCCGGCGAUGAGGUCUGCUUGUUUUGUAUGAACAGGGAUGGGCGGCUGAUUCUUCUUAUUGGCGGUUCCAAAAUAGGAAGCAGUAGGCACAACAAGAGCAAGUGCUUCCUGUUGGCUGGAAGUGUUUCAGACCUAGGCGUGGAAGAAGAUGUAGAACUGCUUUCCAAAAUCUGUGAUGCACACGGUAAUAUCUACGAAUCGGAGGAGAUCGUCAUCUAACAUCUGGUCGAAAGUUGCAGUCAGCCUUGGGGGAGGUGGCAAUGUCGAGGCUGCUGGCCGACUCCACCAUUCAGCUGUGGAAAAGGAGAGCACAGCCUGCAGGGAGUGGAACAAAACAAGUCAAUGAUCGACUACGAGAAUCAUGCCCAUUGUAUACUGGCAGGGAAUCAACAGUGAACAGCGAUAUGGAGAGAUGGACCGUGAGUUCUCUCGGCCUAUCCCUAACUUCUGAGAUCGGUCACUGGAUAACGCACCACCUUGGGCUGAUUUGAUUGUGCAUCUCGCGCUCUCCAUCAGAUGAUCAAGGCUUCUCCGGCCAUUGUGCUGAUCCACCAUACAUAUGGCCACACAAACAUGGCUGGUGCGCGAGGUACUACAUGCGCCCCAAGGCAGCCCCUUAUAAUCAAAUCAGCCUUGCA